AUGAGGAUGGAGGCUGGCCGUGAUAUUCCAAGGAAGAGGAAAUUAGAGGCACUCCAGGCGCGUGCGCCGACGCCUACUGUUGCGGAGCUGCCCGGUCCCGAAGACGGAGUGGAGGGCCAGGAGCCGCCGCCGCCCGAUGCGGAUGGAUUAGUCGGGGAUCUUAUCAGCCAGCUACCGGAUGAUGUCUUCAGCGACAUCAUCUCACUCCUCCCCACAAAGGAAGGCCCUGGCCGCUGCUUCUCUGCUCCCGUGUACCACCUCCAAGCCUCCACCGCCAACGCCUGGCUCCGAUCCCCUGCACUCGACAACCUCCAGGAGCUCGAGUUGUGCAGCUUCGGACAGAGGUUACCCUACCCGCCACCAACGCCGCAGCCGCCACCGGCCAUGGCCUUUCGUUUCUCUGAAACCCUCCAUGUUCUCACCAUGGGAGAUUGCCACCUCCUUGAUGACACCGCAGAAGCGCUUCACUUCCCUAAGCUUAAGAAUCUCGCGUUUCAACGGUGUUUACUCAUUUCCGACAGCUUUGGCUUCCGUUGUGUCCGAAUCAACUCCAUUACUCUUAAAUGCAUUGGCGUGUGUGAUUCUGUAGAAAAGAGAGGCAUCGAGUUCAAGGAAAUCAUCAUCGAGAAUGCCCCUCACCUUAAAAGGAUGCUCCAACUUGGUCUGCCUUUUGGCAUCCAUGGAUUGCGUGUUGAUAGCCUAAUGACAGCGGUGCGCACUGUCAAGAUUUUAGCUAUCCAUAUGGAUACUCAUAGUUUGGACGUGGUUAUUAACUUGAUGAGAUGUUUUCCGUGCUUGGAGAAAUUGUACAUGGCGUCAACUGGAUCAGGGGGAAACAACUUGUGGCGCCGUAAACACCGAGAUUUGAUAAGAUCUCUUGACAUCCGUCUGAAGAAAAUAUCUUGGCGAUAUUACCGGGGCAUCAAGUCACAUGUUGACUUUGCCACAUUCUUUGUGCUAAGUGCCAAAGUACUCGAGUUAAUGAUUCUUGAGGUUCAUAAGGACGAUUAUAGUGAGAAGUUCAUUGCACAACAACGUAAGAAGCUUCAACUGGAUAGCAAGGCCUCAAGAGAUGCUCGGUUCCAUUUCACACCAGAUUGGCCUCAUCACAGCAAUUCGUGUUUUCGCGUCCAUGAUUUGGAUCUAGCUGAUCCCUUUGAAAGGAAUGAACCUUACAAAUUUCGUGAGUAGUUCUCAUGUUUGUAGUUUUUGAAGUUCAUAUUAUCUUGGAAUCUUAUCAAAUUCUCUUUGGACAUGAUGAUAUCUAUGUUCUU